GCCUCGAUGGGAUGCUUGCGAUUCAGGUUGUGCUUGUUUCUUCAUCGAUUUUAAAUGUAGAAAAGGUGAUUCCUGGUAAUGAAAAAAAUCUGAAUGAUUGUUCUUCUUCGACUAUUUAGGAGCACUUGGAUAGCUUAUUUGCUAAUUCCUAUCCAGAAACUAGCUUCUGCACACAGUGGCUUUACACUCGGUAAACUCCGAGCAGUCCGAGCGCGCUCGAAACAUUAAGAUAGCGAUAAUAGAAUUCAACUUCUGGAAUCUCUUUCUCAGUGAAAAUGUUCUAUCUUUGAUUGUUGAGUACCCGAAUCAAUACAUAGAAAUUGUAAAACCGAAAUUCAUCAGAUGGUUCAAUUUUUUUAUCAAUGAUUUAGUAUAUGUAUCUCUGUGAUACAGCGUGACUAAUGAUGUUAUAAAACUCGCGAUGGAAGGUUAAAAUAAAUUAAUAUUUAACCAAUAAAAUAUUAAAAGUUAAAAUUUUCCAUUUUUAAAGUAAACAAAACACCACACGCACUCAAUACUUGAAAAAUAUCGAAAUAGAAUUCUAUUUUCUAUUUUAAAUACCCGCCAGAUGGAGAGGGAACGGCAACGCUGCACCCAUUUGCGCUACAACAACUGGCAUUCGUUUCGAUGAGGGUCAUACUCCGGUCGGACUUCGGCUCGUCCGACGUUCCCGCCCGAAGGCGACUUCGGGUGGGUAGAGCAAAUGAACAUUAGCACAAAUGGGGUGAUCCCUUGCGGAUUAGCACAAAUGCACAGUAGCACAAAUGGAGCCAUCUCGUCUUGCUUAUUUGAAAUUUCGGCUAUGUUCGGAAUCUCCUGUCCGCUGAUUGGUGGUAAAAUGUGAAAUUGCCUUUAUCGAUUUUAUUCGACAUCCCUUCUAUUCUCCCCACCCAGUCGUAUCUGUCAUUUGGUGACGUCGUUCGUAUUAUUUUUGUGUAAAUCGUUUCUGUUAUUCAGAUAUGGAAGUGAAAGGGUGUAGUAAAGUGUAGCCAAGGUGAAUUCCAUGUUAAAAACUUGUGAAAUUUGCGUUCAAAAGCCACUGGACGAACUGGAGGUGAGUUAACUUCGUUAUUUGUGCCAUUUGGAAAACGGAAAUCAUAAUCCUGCUUUCUUGAAGAAGUCACUUAUGGAGAAGUUCAGCUGUUCUUUGUUUUCGUCCCUCGUCUUGUAGUCCUCCAUUUUGUGAAAGCAAAAUCUGCGUCGUACCAUAACGUACCUGAUAACUGCAGUUUUUAAACGCAAAAUUCAUGAUCUUGGCUUGUGAUAAUUCUAGUUACGAUAGAAUUAAUACGUUGUUACGAGUUUAUCUAGACUUUAGACUGUUUUUGAGGCCGUCAAUUUGUUGUUUACGUUUAUUCCGAUAAUCAUUCCGACAUAAUGACGAUGACAAAGAAACCCGAUAUCAAAAGCAAAAUUGUCGGCCAGAGUAAAGCUCGGGGGGCCAAAAACCAUCUGACAAAGAACAAUCUUGGGGGUUCGCCUACUUUUGAAGAUAGUUUCAAUAACCGUCAGGGUGGGUCACCUACCAGAAUGUCUCCAGUUAAAGGGUCCCCACCCAGAUCUCCUGUAGCAUUCCAACCAAGCUUGAGAUCAUCUCCAGGGCUUUUAGCUGGACAUUAUGCGGGUUGCAAGUUUACAGAGCCACCAUCAGCAUCGGCUUUGCCAUUGCCUCCCCCUCAUUGGAUGCAAUCACAAUCGAAAAAAUCUGUGAUUUUACCUUUCCGAGCUAUUAUUCCUCUGCCAGUUGAUCAAAAUCAUGACUUUUCCCAACAGCUCAAGCUGCUGCUCCAAGUACAAGCCUGAUCUUGAGGCAGUUUACUUGUAACAACUUUCAAUAAAAAUCUAAUUAAAAAAAGACAUUUAUCUUUAUAUAUUAUAUAUAUUUUUAUGAGUGGAUACAUUGAGAGAGAAUGUCAUUAUUAAUAUUUAGAUUUAUGUUUGGUAGCGAGUGAACACGACAAUAUUUUAGUUAGAACAUUAAUUAGGUUUAUGCCAUUGGCCUAAUAACCAUUUAAGGAUAAUUGAUUGUCGGAUAACUUUGGGGAUGAUGCACAAAGUUUUUUUUUUACAUGAAUAUUUGUCCUGUUCAGCCGCCCUGUGAUAUUUGCAAUCACAAUUACAUGUGAUUGCGCCAAUAGGUUUUAGGAAUCUAGAAUUUAACGAUAAUGUCUUAAAUUUAAUCUGUUCUAAAUGUGAUUUUUUUGUUUUAUUGUUAAACAAAUCGUAAAAUUUGAGUUUGUAACGAGAGCACUGCUCAAAUCUGUGUGUGAUAUGACAUGUUAGUUGUUUAACUUGUGAUAUAACAAAUUAGCAUUCAAAUUUGAAUUUAACUGUCGCUAUAACUUUUGUUUAAUAUUUUCUCUUGCCUUAGAGGGCAUGUACUGAUUUUUAUGAGAAAAUAUUGAAGGGACUUGAUAGUGAGCAAUAAAUAUUAAGCUUUAACUAGUGUUAGUGUGCAAAUUUUUAUUAUCAAUUUUUAAAAAAUUGCAAUACAUGGUUAUUUUCCCACACCAUAAAAAUAACAAAGUUUGAAUGCUAUUUUGCUAUAAUUGAAAAUAUCUAAAACUCGUCAAUUAUGGCGCAUAUUUUUAUUAAAAGAAAGUACAAAUUACUAUCACUUGGAAUCAUGAUAUAUGAUAUUAAUAAUUAUCAUUGAAUUUUAUAAACAUUCAACUACUGAGUCAUUGACUGAUUGUACUGAAGAAAUACCAUUUAUAUCAAUAGUCUGUCCCUUUAUUUUUAUCAUAACAAAAUUUUCUAUUUAUUGUUUAUAAAAUUCAACUAUUUUUAUCCAUUGAUUGGCAUUGGCUUUAAAAUUAUUAAAAUUCAUAUUUUAUUUUUAAAAAGGAGUUCCUUAUAACUGAGCACAAUUAAUUCAAUAAAUUGUGCAAAGUGCAAUAUAGUCUUCUCCGUAUUAAUUAUUAUUAGGUGAUUAAUUUUUCAUUAUUAGGAAUUCUAAUUUAUAUACUUAGGUAUUCUGGUGAGUUUCUUUUUUGUUUUAUUUUUUUUUAAAUUUCUGUGUCAAAAGUAUAUUUUUAGUUUCAUGGGAAAUUAGAAUUGCUAAUAAUUCAAAAUUAUGUUUUUUAGAUUAUAGAAUCUCAGAUCUCAUAGUGUUCACUUUGAAAAUUAUUAUCAACAAUUGAUUGAUUCAAAAUUUUUGUAAAUUUUUCACCUCACCUCAUCUCCAUCCUUUAUCUGUGAUACCUACCUACCCAUUUAUCCUUGUCCUGGCCCAAUUACAAAACUGUUUUUUAUACUUAUUACCAAAGAAUUAUAUUUUAUUUUUAUUAAUUUCAACUUAGUGCAUCUCAAUUAAGUAAUGCUGAAAAAAUAUUGAAAAAAAAAAAAAAAAAAAUGGCAUCUAUUUUACACGUUUUGUUUUACAUAAUUUAAAACCUUGGGAAUUUUACACUUUUUUAUAAUCAGUCAAUUUGACUAUAAAACAAAACAUGCUAAACUUGUCAAGUCUUUUGAUUCGGUCAAAGUGAAAUUAAAUCAUUUUAUUUUCACAAAGUCAUAAUGCUUGAAGUUGUUUCUAAUAUAGUUUUUAUAUUUGUAAGCACUUUGUUGAAAUUUCAAUAGUUUCUUAAUAAUUUCUUAUGAAACAACUAUCAAAUGAUGCAAUGAACAAAUGAGUGUCAGUAUUAAUAACUAAUUUUAUUCAUUCCAGUUGUAAAUUUUAUCUAAAGAAUAAUUAAAUCACAAAUUUUUAUCUUUUAUUUUGCUUAUUGUUUGUUAGUUGUUUUAUAUUUGCCAUAGUUCAUAGAAAAAAAAAUUGAAUCUGUACUUACACCUACCCUUCCUCCUUAUCCUGUUUCCUCUUCCUUUCCGGGGUUCACAACCCCACC